AUUACGAGUAAAUUUACUUCGUCCCCAGGCAUAGUAAACGCAAAGAGUAAUAAGGUUUACAUGAGGGUUUCAGUGGAGCACCUAUACAUGGUAAAAACCCCCACUAAACCUUUAAGUUUUUUAGGCCUUGAACGAAGUAAGUUAUUUCCGUCCUAAGGUUGGUUGACGGAGGCAUGGAGCUGAUCCUCCGCAGGGUCUUUGCCCGUAAGGUGUCUUGAGACAACCUGGAACAUACCCGUAGCUGGAAUACUUAGUCCUCCUUAGCUGCACCCUUUAGAACUAUGUGUAGGUGGCCAUUCUGACCGUCGUGCUAGCAACGGAUACAUACGGAGCAGACUCCCACAUUCCAGUUGUUUCGCUUCCCUCAGGAAUUCUUGUGAGACCCCAACACUCAUUCAGUCGGUUCUCACAAGAACCUUAUUUUCUUCAAUUUACCACGGAAAACUCGAAGAUUUGGUAAACGUUUCUUUCUUUAUAUUUAAUCAACCAACAUGGUGUGGCAAAAUCAGGCUACGUCGCCCUCGAAAAUCCAUCUGAGGAUAUUGUUCGUUAUAACACUACUCGUCGGCCUAUGGUUCUUCUUUACUAUUCCAUCACCAGGGUCAUCAAUAUCAAACUUCACAGGAUCAUACUAUUCAGGAGCCAACUCACACGGAAGUUUGAGAACUGGAUCGGGCGCGGACAGAAAAGGCUUCCUCCCAGCGUCAGAAGCAAAAGAAUACUGCGAAAGAAGAAGAUGGGAGCCAUACCCAGACAGAAAGACACCAAGAAAGAUUUACGACCUGAUGAUGAUCAACACUGAAAUUGAAUGGCUCGAGAUACGCUUGGGGCAGAUGGACGCCGAUGUUGACUACUUUAUCAUUGUGGAGUCAAACAAGACGUUCACUGAUAAAGACAAGCCAUGUUACGUUCGCGAUAACUGGGAAAAAUUCGAGAAAUACCACCAUAAAAUGAUUCUUCACACUCUCGAGAUCCCGGAAGAAGGACAGGGAAAUGCUUGGGAUCGUGAGAAGCUUUCGCGUAAUGCCAGUAAGUCAACAUCCUACAAUCAACUUUUCAAGAAGCGAACAACUAACAUUUGAAACUUUCAGUGUUCGAUCAAGUUAUCCCAAGACUCGAGGGAGAGCAAAAAGCCAACAAAGGAGACAGUAUGAAACCCCCGUCACGAGGAUGUUGUCGAAGAAGAAAUACUAACCAGCGAUCCUUCUAGUCAUUCUAGUUUCCGAUGUUGACGAGCUUCCACGACCCGAAACACUCCAUGCCCUCCGAAAUUGCAAAUUCCCAAAGAAGGUAGCUCUCGGAUCCAAGAUGUACUACUACUCCUUCCAAUGGCUCGCCCGAAACGAGUGGUGGCAUCCACAAGCGACCUACUACGAUGGCAAAGACACCAUUCUCCCCGAGGCACUUCGACAUUCCGACGCGGACCAUGACACCUUCAAAAUGUACAACGCCGCAUGGCAUUGUAGUUUCUGCUUCCCCACCGUGGGCGAGCUGGUAAACAAGAUCAAGAGCUUCUCUCACACGGAAAUGGACCGGGAGGAGAUCACCAACAAGGAUAACAUCGUGCAUAGAGUGAGGUUUGGACUCGACGUUUUUAAUCGCCCUGAGUCGAACUUCGAUCGUCUCGAUGAUGUGGAUCAGCCGGACUUUUUGCUCAAUAACAAGGAGCGGUAUGGGUAUAUGCUAAAUCGCGACGGUGUUGACGGUGGGUUCUGGGACUACCCAGAGAACCAUGGCAAAGCAGCCAAUUAAAAUCAGAGAGGAAAUAAAAAUGAACUAGCCCAAGGUAGUGGGGUUUAUCGAAGCGCUAAUGAUGUUUCUGGGAAAUGUCUUCAGGAUUGCAUGACCUGGCGAAUGGAGUUUUGGCACAGCAUUUCUUUUUGCACAGGUAGGAUAUUUGGGUAUACUGGUAGAUUGGUCGAUUCCAAUCAGGCGAUCAUCUUCCUCGGAUGAUCAUGUUAGGAAAUUUAGUUGCAGGUUCACUUGAGCAAUUACUGUAACAAUCCA